ACGAACGGGCCCGCGCGCGCGCGCCUCCGCCGAGCUGUGUGCGUAGUGCCAGUGCACCUAAAAUACUCUAGUCGCGUGCUUGUAGCCUCGGAUGCUGCAUCGGCACGUCAUAUAUAGUAUAUAAUCUCAAUAAUGAAACUGCACAAGCGUAGAUCUUAGUGCAUUUGCACGCGCGCGCAUUAAUACACACACACGCACACACGCACAAUCUCUAGCCGUGACAGUUGCGUAUUAUAUAGUGCUUUAUUCCUCUUUAAUUAAUAAUUUAAUACGCGUGGUCGAUGUUGCCAUCCAUGGUGUUGUUUUUUUCGUCGUCGUCGUCGUGUGUACAGCAGCAGCAGCAGCAGCAGCAGACGGCCAAACCCAUGACAAGUUAUUAUGAAGGGUCACCUGGAGCAUAGAUGGACGAGCUGCCUCAGGAGAUACAGGUUUUUCUUCGCCUGCGGCGUCGUCCUGCUGUGCGGCCAGCUCUAUCUGGCCUACAACUUCCUCGCGCUCGAGAACGAGAGUCGGCUCGCGAGGAAUGCCAUUGACGAGAAUGAAGUCUCUGCAGACAAAGGACUGCCAAAUGGCAAUCGCCAACUCAAAUUGCCUCCAGACAAAUUUGAUAAUUCCAACCGAGUCAUUAAUCAUAAUCGUUCAACUAGGAUAAAAUUAGAUUACAAAUCACUUGAAUUUGAACCAAUUUGUGAUAUUACAGGAAGGGAAGCAGUUAGUGCCAUUUCAAGAGCACAAAGUCAAAGAUGUAAAGAGUGGCUUGUUAAUGUGACGUGCCUUAGCCAACAGAAUCUAUUGUAUCCUGCAGAGCUCAAAUCUUCUUGUCCGCAUUCAUUGGGUUUUGACACUACACCAAAAAGCCUGGGUUGUUACAAAGAUGAUAAAAUUGCCAGACUUUUACCCAACUACUAUUCUAUAUUCAAGAAUAACAAUUCACCUAAACAUUGUGCCCACAUGUGUCUUCAAUCUGGUUUUCCAUAUGCUGGAGUUGAAUAUGGAGUGGAGUGCUUCUGUGGUAAAGAAGAGCCCCCAGAAACUAGUCAAAUACAAGACUCAGAAUGUAAUAAGAAAUGUCCAGGUGAUCCUCUUCAAACAUGCGGUGGAUAUUUAACCAUCAACAUUUUUUCUACCGGAAUUAAAAAGUUCAAACCUCAGGAAGCUAGAAACAAUAGUUUUUCGGCAACGGAAAAGCCUUUGGUUCGGAUAGCCUAUCUACUCACGGUGAAUGGACGAGCAAGUCGGCAAGUCAGACGUUUGAUUAAUACUCUGUACGAUCCAUCGCAUUUGUUUUACAUUCACGUCGAUUCACGCCAAGAUUACAUGUACCGCGAGAUGCUGGAGAUAGAGGGUAGCUGCAAAAAGGGCAAUAUCAUCGUAGCGAAGGGAGAAAACCGACACGCGAGCAUAUGGGGCGGCGCCAGCCUCUUGACGACCUUCCUCGACGCGGCUCGACAGAUGCUGCUGCGCUCCAAGGACUGGGACUUCCUGGUCAAUCUGUCGGAAUCUGACUAUCCGAUAAAGACCAACGCCAAGCUCGUGGAAUUUCUCACCUGGAACCGCGGCAUGAACUUCGUCAAGUCGCACGGCCGCGAGGUGCAGCGAUUUCUCUCGAAGCAGGGCCUGGACAAGACCUUCGUCGAGUGCGAGGCGCGCAUGUGGCGCGUCGGCGAUCGCUCCCUGCCGCUGGGCAUACAGAUCGACGGCGGCAGCGACUGGGUCGGUCUGUCGCGCGACUUCGUCGCCUACGUGGCGGCGCCCGAGCCCGACGAGCUCGUCGCGGGCCUGCUGCGCGUCUUUCGGCACACCCUGCUGCCCGCCGAGUCGUUCUUUCACACGGUGCUGAGGAACUCGCGCUUCUGCGACACCUACGUGGACAACAAUCUCCACGUGACGAACUGGAAGCGCAAGCUCGGCUGCAAGUGCCAGUACAAGGCGGUGGUCGACUGGUGCGGCUGCAGCCCGAACGACUUCAAACUGGAGGAUUUCGGACGUAUCAGAGGGACCAGAGAGAGAAAUUUGUUUUACGCGAGGAAAUUCGAGCCGGCCAUCGAUCAGAGAAUCAUCGACAGGAUCGACGCUUGGUUGUAUCCCGAGAGGAUCAAUGCCAGCGAGGCUCUGAACAAAGGCAUCGACGCUUACUGGCAGAGUCUCUAUCAUCACAAAGACACGAGUCCACUGGCCGACGACUCGCUGCUGAGCGUCGCGACCUCGCUGGCGCGUUUGAUCUAUCGUCGUCUGGGCGAGCCGUCGGCCAACGACGGCCACCUGUUCGAGGCGAGCGUCCACUUCAAGGCCAAUCGUUUCUCCGGUAUUCUCGUGCGCGCCGCGUCUGAGCGUCUCGCCAUGGAAUCCUCCACGUUGAUGCAAGCCGACAUACCGGAACAGCUGGAGGCGUUCGUACAUCCCCGUCGCAAUCUGUCGACGAGCUCGUCGUGGCAGGACAAGAUCAUCUCGCUCGUGGUGAACACCGAUUACGAUCAGAAGGAGCAGACGUUUCGCAAUUAUCUCGGGGCCGUGGGGCCUCUGUCGGCGCCCGUGCUGGCCUACGAGCUCGACGCCAGUGUCGCGCUGCCGCUCAACGUCACCGUGCUCUGGGUGGAUCCGUUCGACAGGCUCGCCGACGCGAUUCAUUUGCAAAUCGAAGAGUCGGGAUUGUUGGGCCACGUAAAACCACAACUGACCGAUCCAUUGGUCAUCGGCCUCUGGCACGUCUACAUCGUCGCGGACUCGAAGGUAGUCGCUCGAACUUCGUUUCCCGUCGCGCCGCUGACCCACUGGAAGAACAAGCCCAUAACGAGGAACAAAGCGCGAGAAUUGAACUCGGGACCCAUCUCCACCGCUGCCGCGUACAGUCACGUGACGAAGCAGAGCAUCGAGAAGUGGCGCAAGGCGCUCGAGCUCGAUCUCCAACUGGACGAGGUGAAGAUCGAGCUCGAGGAGCGUUGGGGCUGGCAGCUCGAGCGCUGGCUGGACUCGAUGGUGCAGGACAACUACGAGAUCGUGAGAAUCUGCGACGCCGGCGAGGAGAGACGCAGCAGGAUCCGCGGCCCGAGGAGGCCGAGGACGCUGCAGCGCUGCGUCGACACCGACUGGAGCUCGCUCAGUCCGGACCCCAAGUCCGACGUCAAGUCCAUCUGUCGAGACUGAAAUGAGCUUUCUUUUCCUUUUUUUUUGAGGAGCGAAAAUAAAACAACUGCCAAAGCUACGAAAGGCGCGUCAAAAUUGCAUUAAGAUUGCUUUUGAGAGAUUUCGAGGUGAUUUUUUUUUAAUGAUCAUUGUUCAUUGUACUGUACAGGGAAGAAACAUAUUGAGAAUUUUAAAUUCUGAAAGAUUGGAAAAAAGACUUGAGCAAUAAGCAAAUGUUCCAUUAGCGUGUUUCGUUGAAAAUCAAAUCCGUCUGAUACGAAUAUCGUUUGGAAUGAGAUUUAUCAGUUUUUUGAACUACUUUUUUUAUAAGAUAUUUCAAUAGGCCAUGAUUAGUAUUAGAUAAUUUGUAUGUAAUAUCAUGCCAUAAUUCUUAUCAGAACCUAAAUAAGGUGGUAAACUUAUUUGAAUAUUAUCUACGUGUUUGCAUUUGUAGUAAUUUUGAGGAUGAAUUUCAUAUCGAAAUUGAGUCAAGGAGUCAAUGUCACAUAUCCGCCAACAAGCUUUAUCAAUAAAAAAGAAAGCAGUGGUUUUGAGAACAAUCUAGUGCUGCAAUAAUAAUACGUCAUUUAGUGAACUAGGAGGAAAAUUCGAGCAAUCAAAACAUUACCGUUUUAAAAAUUCUGCAUUUUUGUCAAUUUAGAAAUAUUGUAAUUAUGAACUUUUCAUAAGUAUAGUAAAAAAGUUUGGAUCAUCGAGUAUCCAAUGCUUGAUAAUACAAUUUAUUGUAUAGUAGACACAUGAAUCGUGUAUCCGAUGAAUGAAAUUUAGAGGAGCACGAUGAUUAGAAAAUUUGACUUCAUUCGUGACUGAAUAAUGUCUAAAAUCAUGAGAUAAACCAAGAUUAUACUAUAAGUAUCAAUCUCUCAAUUUGACAAUAAUAAUAUUAAUAAUUUAAGAGUAUAGAGUUACGAUUAUAAUGUUGUCAUCGUUAAAACUAAUUUUUGAAUAAAUUCAUCACAUGACAUCACAUCAAGAAAGUUAAGCUGCGAUUUUACUAUCAUGAUCUAAGUGUAAUUGAUUUUUGUUUGUCAUUAGUGUCGCUUUUACUCAGUAUUUAGCAUAAUUUUAUAAUUACUGACAAAUACUUGUGAUAUUUCAUAGUUUUUAAAAUUUUUUUGAUUGUUUGAGUCGUUUGAUGUUCGUUUAUAUACCUUAUCAAAUUACCAUUGCGAUGAAAGACACAAUUUUAUUAGUAUAGUUUAUUUACAAAAAAAUGUGCCAUUCCUUGUCUUGAAGCGACGAAUCACGAACAAAAAAUAUAUAGCGUUUGAAAAUGUAUUUUUAUAGCCGAAUUGAACGCUGUACAUGAACUUUUAUUCAAAUAAUCAAUACAUACAAUCGAUGUAAUCUGAUUGUAAUCGAUUCAACACUUUUUAUGAUAAAAUAUUGAUAUUUGCUAUUUGAUAUGAAAGAAAAUAAAUGAAUAUUUUAUGUGUAUAUUUAAAUGUAUAUUCAGAUAUCUUGUUGAAGUGUAUUCGAAAAUUUCAAACUACUAUUUAAUACUCAUUAUUCUAUGAAAUUACUUUCUUGUACUAAUAAUCUUUCCAAAGAUCUACUUCUUCUUGAAUAUAAUAAAUAUUAUAUAACAAAUAAAAGCCUUACCAUUACGUA